CAGUAAAACAUAUUGGUUCAGUUCAGCUCCAACAUGACUUUAUCCUUGAUCGAGUAUUACAUGUCCCUGAAUUUAAAUGUAACCUCGUCUCGGUGAGCCGAUUGACUAAGGAUAAUCGUGUUGCCUUGAUUUUUCUGGAUAAUUUUUGCGUAAUUCAUGACUUACGCUCUAAGAAAUUGAUUGGGAAAGGUGAGCUACACGAUGGAUUGUAUUAUCUACGCUUGUUUGGGGCUGCACAAACAAGUGCGUGUGCUGUGGAGCGUGGAGGUACAAGUUCGGCGACUCUUUGGCAUGCUCGCCUUGGGCAUCCGUCUCCAGAAAAGACUUUGCAUUUGAAACACUUAUUAUCUUUUCCUGUUGGUUUGAAUACUGGCCCUUGUCAUUCUUGUUUACGGGCAAAACAGACACGAGAACCUUUUUAUUCGAGCAUGAUUAAGACUACUACUAGAUUUGAACUCAUUCAAGUUGAUAUCUGGGGAGGUUAUAAAAUUGCUUCACUCAGUGGUGCUCAUUAUUUCCUAACCAUUGUGGAUGAUUUUACUCGUGGUGUCUGGGUCUAUCUCUUGCGCUACAAGUCAGAGGUCAAACGCUAUCUGCUCCAGUUCUGCAACAUGGUUCGGUCUCAAUUUAACUGUACAGUCAAGCGCAUUCAGGCUGAUAAUGGGUAUGAGUUUCAAACCACUGGUCUUGUUGACUUCUAUGAGCAGGAAGGCAUUGUGUUGCAGACUUCGUGCACUGACACGCCACAACAAAAUGGAGUUGUCGAGCGAAAGCAUCGCCAUAUUCAAGAUACCGCUCGCGCACUCCGAUUUCAGGCAAGCUUACCUAUCCGGUUUUGGGGGGAAUGUAUUCUUACAGCAGUUUACUUGAUCAAUCGACUUCCCACCAAAGCCACCGGUAAGACACCAUUUGAACUAAUUUUUGGUCGCACUGCAACUUAUCGUCACCUUCGUGUCUUUGGUUGUCUUGUAUAUUACAAGGACACGCAUGCCCACUUGGAUAAGUUUGGUGAACGAGGGUGUGCAGGUUUGUUCUUAGGCUAUGCCGCAAGUCAGAAGGGAUACAGGAUUUAUGACUUGACUUCUCGUCGCCUUAUCACUUCCCGCGACGUGAAAUUUCAAGAGGAUAUAUUUCCGUUUCAAGAUGGUACCCAUAAAACUCUUCAUUGGAUCCCUCAUCCUCCUAUUGCAGCUGUGCCUGAGUCCCCCGACUCUUCUCCUCUGACGAGCCCGGAGCAUUCACCUACUGGGCCGGAGCCCAGCUCUCCUGAUGCUUCAUUCGGGCCCUCUUCCUCCAACCCAACGCAGCCCAAGUCGCCCUCUCCUCAUACGUCCUCCGUCCCUGCUAAUACUGGGCCAACCCAGCUGGAUAAUGGGCCGGAGUCCAGCUCCUCAUCUCCUUUGUCUGGGCCAUAUGCUUCCAGCCCAGGACCUCACGCUGAGACCACUUGUCCCUCGGCCGAUUCCCCUGCUCCAGUGGUUCGGCGUAGUGAUCGUGUGCGCCACCGCCCCAAAUACUUGGCCGAUUAUGAUACCAACCUUGCACCACACUCCGGACAGGGAAGCACCACUAAUCUCGUUCGUUACCCUCUUGCAAGUCAUGUUAAUUAUACUCAUUUUAAGCCUGUUUAUCGUGCCUUUCUUGCAGCUCAAACACACUAUGAUGAACCCCGAUUCUUCUACCAAGCUGUGCGCGAACAAGUUUGGCGGGAUUCCAUGACUAGAGAGAUUCGUGCAUUAGAAGAAAAUGGCACGUGGAGUCUUGUUUUCUUACCCCCUGGUAAACGUACUAUUGCUGCCAAGUGGGUCUACAAAAUCAAGUUCUAUCUUGACGAAACCAUCGAGCGCUUCAAGGCACGUUUGGUUGCGAAAGGCUACACCCAGAUAGAGGGACAGGAUUUCCAUGACACCUUUGCUCCUGUUGCUAAGCACGUCACCAUUCGUUGCCUCAUCGCCAUUGCUGUCAAUCGCGGUUGGCACUUACAUAAACUCGACGUCAACAAUGCGUUCCUCCAUGGUGACCUUGAUGAGGAGAUUUGCAUGGAGAUUCCUCCUGGUUUUCGUAAGCCUGGUGAUACUCGUGUAUGUCGCCUUCACAAAUCCCUGUAUGGACAGCGUCAAGCUUCGCGACAGUGGUACCAAAAAUUCACCACCUCUCUCUGCGAAUUUGGUUUUCGCUCCUCUCCUGCUGACGCGGCUCUCUUUAUCUACCAGCGGGGCAGUACCUUCGUCACCGCUUUAAUCUAUGUUGACGAUGUCAUCUUGGCUGUUAAUGACUUGGACUUUAUCUCACAGGUGAAGCAAUUUCUUGACAAGAAGUUCAGUAUUAAAGAUCUUGGCAUCCUCCGCUACUUUCUCGGCAUUGAGGUUGCCCGCACUUUUGAUGGCGUUGUGCUUAAUCAACGCAAGUACACUCUUGAUAUUCUUGAAGAUGCAAGUGUUGAGGCUUCUCGACCGAGCUCGUUUCCCAUCGAGCAGAAUCAUCAGCUCACUCGUACUACUGAUGAUCUUCUAGCCGACCCCUCCCCUUACCGACGCCUCGUAGGGCGCUUGCUUUACUUGACAGUGACGCGUCCGGAUAUUAAUUUUGUUGUCAACAUUCUUAGCCGGUUCGUUCAUGCCCCUAGUACAGUGCAUUGGGAUGCUGCCCUCCGGUAUCUAAAAUCAGCACCAGGCCAAGGCCUGUUCUUUCCAAAGAACAGUAAUUUGCAGCUCACUGCUUACUGUGAUGCUGAUUGGGGUGGCUGUCAGCGCACACGCCGCUCAACCACAGGUUUCUUCAUCAGUUUAGGUGGCGCCCCCAUAUCUUGGAGCACCAAACAACAACAGGUUGUGGCGCGCUCCUCAGCUGAAGCGGAAUACCGUGCCAUGGCCAGCACAGUUAGUGAGGUUGUCUGGCUCCGCUGGUUACUCGCAGAACUCGGUGUUCCUCAGACUGCCUCUACCCCUCUGCACUGCGACAAUCAGGCGGCUCUUCACAUCUCCAACAACCCUGUCUUCCACGAGCGUACCAAACAUGUGGAGAUGGACUGUCAUUUUGUUCGAGAACGCGUUAUGUCCGGUGAUAUCCUUCCAGUCAAGAUUCACACUGAUCAGCAACUUGCUGAUAUCUUCACCAAAGGACUUGGCUCCGAUCGUUUUCAUUCCCUUCUUUCGAAACUGCACAUUCGGGAUCUUCAUGUGUCAGUUUGCGGGGGAGUAUUGGGCUGUACAGAUCCAGCCCACGUACGUGAUGCCCAUGCCCACGAGAAUUGUGCGGCUGCUGCCCAUGUUGCCCAUGCAACUCAUGUAGCCGUACCCUGCCAGGACAUGGACUCCUCUUGUAUACGUACACAUUGUACCCUAGAUGCUAGUGACAAUGGGUAUAAAUAUGUAACCACGGCAAUACGCCGUAAUUAUCAAUAACAUAAGUCGCAUAUUCCCGUGGAUGUAAGCCUCACCCACUGUGAGGAAGAACCACGUAAAAUCGUUGUCUCUCGUAUCACUUUCACAUAAUUUUACACGGAGGGCGUCCAUGAACCAGAUCAGGGAGCUCCUAACAGUCGGUGAUUCGGCGAGCGAGGGCUGUGGCAAGAGGAAUGUGAGGAGGAUGAUGAGGGCCGAGAUGGGAAUCAUAUUGAUCUGGUUUCGAGCCAUUACGAGGGAGUAUUGGAUUCUUUUCUAACGAUUCGAAUUAUUGCGACCAACUAACUGGGUUUUGACUUUUGAGGGUGAAGUGUUGUGUUAUGGGAGGGAGGGAUGUUGGCCGUUCAAAUAUAUAGCGCAGUCGGCC